AUGAAGGCGGGGAGCAAGAAGCGAACGGCCGAGUCGAUGAUGGCGAGGGAGCCUGCUGACGGGUCGAGCGCAGGGAAUGGCGACACGGCAACGGCUGCGGCUGCAUCGUCCAGCGAUGGGGCGCCUGUGGUGGAUGAUUUGGAGGCCAAGAGGAGGAAGGACGUGCUGAAGGACAUGGAGAAGAUCGAGAAGGAGUUCGCCGAUCUGAAGGAGAAGCUCUUCGCCAAGAAGAUGAAGGACCUCCACGACGAGUGCAAGGCCAUCAUGGAAGGCUCACACGAUGGCUUCCUAAAGCGGGCACAGGAGCUCGAGAUCAAGAAGAACUCCAAGGUGUGGAUGGCCGAGAAGUGGAAGGAGUACCAGCUGCAGAACAUUGAGCAUGUCUUCCAGUUUGAGUGCCUUCAGGCCGAGGAGGAAUACAACCACGAGAGGAGGAGCCUCAGAGAUGAGAUGGCCAACGAGAUCCUGGACAAGCAAAAGAAACUCGAAGAGGAGAAGAGCACGAUGAGCCUGCGUGGAGAUGGAAAUGGAGAUGCUCGCGCUGUCAAGGGGCGCGUGCUCAGGAACAGAAGAGGUGGAAAAGAUAAAGAUGGCGGUUAUGGCCAAGCGUAUUCUCGACACAAGACCGCGCAACCGCCUCACAUCAACUACACUCUGAACGACGACGAGAUCAUGACCGAUCUCAGCUUGAUGAAGAAGAGAGAGCUCCCACCAUCAGACCGCAGGAGGCUUUGCCAGGAAGCGAGCGACUGGAUGGCGCCUCUGCCUAACGAGGGCAAGAGCGCCAAGCUGGGCGCUUAA